UCCUGUUAGACAAAAACACUUCCACACACACUCCAACUCAAAACCCUAAAUUCCCAAAACCAAAACCCCCCAUUUCUAUCUCAAAUCACAAUUCAUUUCUCAUAAAAAAAAAAAAUGGCUUGCAGGAUCACCAAAAAGCUUCAAUCAUUAACCAAAUACACUACCAACCCACGCUAUUUCUCAUCUUCAAUCUUAAACCCUGAUUCCACAACCCCACUGUCAAGCAAAGAGAAAUCCAGAGCUGCACUUUCACUCCUGAAAUCUGAAAAAAACCCCGAAAAGAUCAUCGAAAUAUGCCGAGCAGCCUCGCUGACACCCGAUUCACAUCUCGACCGCAUUGCGUUUUCAACUGCCAUCACUAAACUCAGAGAAUUAAAUUACUAUGAAGGUAUUCGUAAUUUCAUUGAUGAGUUGAUUAAAACUAGACCAGAUUUGAAUAAUGAGAAGUUUAUUUGUAAUGCGAUCGUUAGUUACGGUCAAGCGGGUUUGUUGGAUAAUGCAUUCCAACUGUUUGAUAAAAUGCCUCAACUAGGUGUUGGUCAGAAUGUGAAAGGGUUGAAUGCGGUUUUGUUUUCGUGUGUUUUGGCUAGGAAUUAUGAUGAGUUGAAACGGGUUUAUCUUGAUUUUCCUGGAAAGUAUGGGGUUAAGAUGAAUCUUGAUAGCUAUAAUACUGUGAUUAAGGGUUUUUGUGAGUCGGGUUCUUCAAGUGCUUGCUAUUCGGUUACUGCUGAAAUGGUUAGGAAGAAAGUUAAGCCGAAUGCGACUACUUUUGGGUUAAUGAUUGCCGGGUUUUAUAAAGAGGAAAAGUUUGAUGAAGUUGGGAGAGUGUUGGAGAUGAUGAAAAAACAGGAUGUGGCUAUUGGGCUCGGGAUAUAUAAUGUUAGGAUUCAAAGUUUGUGUAAGCUUAAGAAGAGUGUUGAAGCAAAGGCUUUGCUUGAUGGGCUUAUCUCGAGAGGGAUGAAGCCUAAUGCGGUCACUUAUAGUCAUUUGAUUCAUGGGUAUUGUAGGGAAGGGAAGUUGGUUGAGGCUAAGGAGUUGUUUAAGAAGAUGAUUGGUGGUGGGUUUAAACCUGAAAGCGAUUGUUAUUUUACGUUGGUUCAUUAUUUGUGUAAGAGUAGUGAUUUUGAAGCGGCGUUGGAUGUGUGCAAGAAGAGUUUGGAGAAGAAUUGGGUUCCUAAUUUCUCAACUAUGAAGUUACUUGUUGAAGGUCUUGCAGAAAGUUCGAAAGUUGAUGAGGCAAAAGAGCUUAUUGGACAGAUUAAAGAAAAGUUUCCAAAGAAUGUCGAUGCCUGGAAUGAAAUAGAAGAGAAGUUAGCCAAGUAGACUGCACUAUACAUGGUUACCCACCGUGCCACGUGUUCCUAUCUUAAUCGGAACUGCAUCGCUGCCCUUCUUUUCUGGUAACAUGGUGGCACUGGCAUCUAUAUGCAACAUGAGCUUUUGGUAAUAAUGUGUUUAAAAUGUAAAAGGUGGUGUUGAUUGCUGUUUUUAAGUCUUUAUCCAAGGUGGGAAAGCUUACUUUCGGUUGGUAAAUCCCUUUUUACAACAAUAAAAACACCAAUGAUACUUUUGCUUUGGUGCACUGUACACCUCUUCUUUGGCUUUUGUAAAGUAUCUGGUCCAUAUCGAGGCUAUGGUUUUUGUAAUUUGGUUUAUGAUAGUCAAUGGACGAUAAUUAGCUAUA